AUGACGGAUCUUAAAACACACAUUCGGCUGCCGUGCCGUGCUCACGUUGAAGCUAGUGGCGAGGAGCUUCACUCCAACGACUGUGUGUCGUCGUCGUCGUCGUCGUCACCGCCCGCCGGCAUCAACACUCGCGCUCACUCUCCUUCCCGCUGCGUCUCAAGCAACCCUUCUUUCAGCCCCGUCACCCCUUCAUCCCCCCCCUCGCAUCCCCCCCUCGCAUCCCCCCCCUCGCAUCUCCCCCUUCGCAUUCCCCCCCUCGCAUCUCCCCUUGCCAGGUCCCCCCCGCCAGCAGCAGCGGGUGACGCAGUACAUCGUGGAGCUGCGCGGCGCCCCCCUCGCGACGUACCGCGGACACCUCCCCGGCUUCCCCGCCACCGCACCCAGAGACGAGGGGGCCGACCCCCACUCCGCCUCCCCCCUCCCCCAGCCCAGGUUGACCCGGCCCAGGUUGACCCGGCCCAGAGCGAGCAGCGGCAGCAGAGGCAGCAGCAGCGGCAAGGGCGGCAGCGGCGGCGGGGGUUAGACAUGAGGGCGGGGCACGUGCGGGCGCUGAGGCGGGCGCUGCAGCGGCAGCAGGAGCAGGUGGCGGCGGACGCGGGGGUGGCGCCAGUGGCCGUGCUGCUGCACCUGCACACCGUGGCCCACGCGUUCGCUGCUGCUCUCUCCCCACGGCAGGUGUGGCGCCUCAAGAGGCACCCCGCUGUGGCCUCUGUGCGCCGCACCCGUGUCUUCCACGCCCCCGCCACCACCACCGCGCCUCUCUGGCGUGCUCGCCCCACCUCUGCUUCAAAUGCAUCUGCCUCCACGUCAUCUGAGCCGCGCACGUACGAUGCAGACGCGGCGUCCUUCAUGGGGCUGCCGGGGUCGCUGUGGCAGCAGGCGGGCGGGCAGAGCAGCGCCGGGGCGGAUGUGGUAGUGGGGGUGGUGGGGUCGGGCAUCUGGCCCGAGCACCCCGCAUUUGAUGCCUCCGCGUUCAGUGGAGUUCCGGCAGGGUGGCAGGGCGCAUGUGACUCAACGCCCGACUUCACGUGCAGCGGGAAGAUCAUCGGCGCGCGGCGGCUGUACGCGGCCAACCAGCACAGCACGGGCGGGCCCGACUUGAGCGUCGAGUAUGACUCAGCAGCGGUGGGCAACGCAGUGACAUGGGCAGAUGCGGCUCAGACAAGCGGUAUGGCGCCGGGGGCGAGGGUGGCGGUGUACAAGGCGGUGUGGGCGGGGUACGGGUUUGAGGCGGACGUGCUGGCGGAGGUGGACCGCGCCGUGGCGGACGGCGUGCACGUGCUCUGCCUCUCUGUUUGGGGGUUCAAGGGCUCCCAGGCCAACUACUUCACUGACGCGCCCUUCCUGCACGGCCAUGCUGCAGGCGUGGUGGUGGUGAUGGCGGCGGGUGACUGGGGGAAGCCCAACUUCUGGCUCACGCUGGGGGCGCACAUCCGAGCCAGAGUCAUCGACAACUUCUCGCCCUUCUACCUCACUGUCGGCGCCAGAGUAUCCCCUUGCAUGCUCUGCUCCACGAUUCUUUGA